GGAAUAAUCCUUCAAUCAUUGGUCAGUGUAUACCACCUGCUAGUCACUUCAUCAUUGAAAAGAUCAACAACACUAGAGCUGUUCUGUUUGGUGGAGUAGAGACUGAUGAUAAAGCUAAGGAUACUGCUACUAACAAUAUUUAUAUAUUAGAGAUAUCAAUCAGCACUGUGUUCUGGCAGUGUAUAAAGAAACCUGAAGCAAUAGACCAAUGGCCAGUGGGUAGAUACUGUCAUGGAGGUGCUAUUAUUACAACUGGAUCAGACUGUCCUAUGUUAGUGAUAAGUGGUGGGUUGAAUAAGAAUAAUGAUAAAUUAGAUGAUUGUUGGAUCUUUAACAUCACUCAAGAUUCCUGGAUAAAAUUAAAUGUACCUCACUCUGUUAGUAAGAAAAAUGGUCAUUCUCUCUCGGUGUUUAUUAUGAGUCCUCAUUGUGUUUGGAUUGUAACUGGUGGAGGAUUUGUUGAUAAGAGUUAUAAAUUUGUCACUCAUCCUAAUAUUGCUAUGUUAACUGAACUAGUUCUUAGUAGUAAAGGAAAGUGGACAGUAGGUGAUACAUUAGAUACCAAUGGUAUGAAUAAUGAAGAAUACAAGAAGAAAUAUCAGCAGCAACUACAGAGAAGAAGGAAAGGAGAUACAGCCAAUAUUGAGCAAACCAUACAAGCUCUUAUUCAGAGUCUUGAAGAGAAGGAAAAAAAAUUGCAAGAAAAGGAGAGAGAAGCACAAGUUUGUUGUCAACAAUUGGAGCAGAAAGAAAGGGAAGUAACUGAGAAAGAUCAAGAAAUAAGAAGAUAUUGUCAUCACCUACAAGAGAAGGAUAGAGAGGAGGCAGAGAGAGAGCAGAGAUAUCAUAACCAGUUACAGGAGAAAGAGAAAGAAGAAGCCAAGAAAGAAAAGAGGCAUCAUCAGCAAUUAUUACAUGAGAAGGUGAGAAUUGAGGCACUGAAAAAUGAAGAAAUACAGCAAUACUGUUAUCAGUUACAAAAGAAAGAGCAAGAAAUGCAAAAAUAUAUUUAUCAGUUGCAAGAGAAAGAAAAAAAGGAGGUACAGCAAGAUCAAAUAAUACAAAGAUGUUAUCAGCAGUUACAAGAAAAGGCAGAAAAAGAGAAAGAAAUGCAAAAAUAUUGUGAAAAAUUGAAAAAGGAGGCAGAGAAGGAAAAAAGACAUUGUCAACAGCUACAAGAAAAGGAGGCAAUAAAAGAGAAAGAAAUACAAAGAUAUCAUCAAGAGUUACGAGAGAAGCUUGCAGAAAAGGAGGAAAAGAUACAAAUGUAUCAUUAUCAACUGCAAGAAAAGGAGAGAGAAGUGCAAGAAAAGCAGAGGGUGUUUUUCCAGCAAUUGGAGCAGAAGGAAAGAGAAGAAGCAGAGAAAAAUCAAGAAAUAAGAAGAUAUUGUCAUCAGGAAGAGAAAGAGGAGAGAUAUCAUAACCAGUUACAAGAGAAGGAUAGUGAGCUACAGGAGAAGGAUAGGGAGCUACAGAAGAAAGAGAGGGAGCUACAGAAGAAGGAUAGGGAGCUACAGGAGAAGGCCAGAGAGGAGGCAGAGAGAGAGCAGAGAUAUCAUAACAAGUUACAACAGAAGGAGAAAGAAGAAGCCGAGAAAGAAAAGUGGCAUCAUCAGCAGUUUUUACAAGAGAAGGUGAGAAUUGAGGCACUGAAAAAUGAAGAAAUACAUCAGUUACAAGAAAAAGUCAAUUUAUUACAAGAAAAGGAGAAAGAGAAGGCAGAAAUUGAAAAAAAAUACUACUGGCAGUUAAAAGAAAAUGAAAGAAAAGAUGAAGAAAUACAAAGAUACACUCAGUUAUUACAAGAGAAGGAGCAAAAAUAUGAUCAACAUUUUCAAGAAAAGGCAAAAGAAAUACAGCAUUACUGUUAUCAGCUAUUAGGGAAAGAGCAAGAAAUGCAAAAAUACAUUCAUCAGUUGAAAGAGAAAGAAAGAAAGGAGACACAGCAAGAUGAAGCAAUACAAAGAUAUUGUCAGCAGUUACAAGCAAAGGAUCAAGAGAUACAAAAAUAUUGUGAAAAAUUAAAAGAGGAAGCAGAGAAAGAAAAAAGACAUCAAGAAAAGGAGGCAGUAAAGGAGAAAGAAAUACAAAAAUAUUGUCAAGAGUUACGAGAGAAAGAAAAAAAGGAGGCAGAGAAAGAGCAUCAGUUAAUUGAGGAACAAAGGCUAAAAGAUAAAUAUUUUCAACAGUUGCAGGAGAAAGAAAAGGAACUUGCAGAAAAGAAGCAAAUGAUACAAAUGUAUUGCCAACAGUUACAAGAAAAGGAGAGACAUGUACUUUAUGUAGAUGAACUUAAAGGUGUACAUGUUGCUGCAAAGAAUUCAUAUCUUAUUCAUGGUGAAUCUACCCAGUCAGUUAAGUGGGAGGAAUAUGGUAUAAGGAUAACAAUACCACAAGGAGCAGUGCUACCCUCCGAUACUGUUAAAAUAACCAUUGCUGCUCUUGUAGGAGGAGAUUUUAUAUUCCCAGAAGACACUGAGCUUGUUAGUGCAGUAUAUGCUAUAAGCCUCUCCAAGCCUUUCCUUGAGCCCGUGAAACUGGAGAUACAGCACUGUGUCUCCAUAGAAACAUCUUCUCACUGUAAUUACCUUAGUUUUUCUACUUCAACUAAUAAUCAGCCACCCUACCAGUUCAAUACAGUAGAUGGUGGGGAAUUUUUUAUUGGCAAUAGAUAUGGUAGUAUUAGCAUUGCUACAUUCUCUAAGUAUUGUAUUAAAACAUAUUCAGGAAGACGUUAUCGGCCAUAUUCAAUCCCAGGCACUUCAUCAUCACGUGCAAGAUCACGUACUCUUUCUUCAUCUUUAUCAUCACCUUUUGAUGGACCAUGUUCAACUUCUUCCCCUGUUUCACCAUUAUCUUUGCAUUCUUCAAGUUCUUCAUUUUCUUUUGAUCUGCCAAACACACUUUUAACAAAAAAUGAAAUAGCUACUCAAGCAGAUAAACCACCUAUUAAGUGUUACCACAGUCAAGUGAUGUAUGAGAUCAAGAGGCCAGGAAGGGAAUGGUUGAUGAGAUUUCUUGUUUCUAAAGAUCUUAAUGCACUAAUAGAGUAUAUUAGAAAAGCAUUCAGAAAUGUUGAAAAAAGUAUUGAAGUAUCUUUCCAGUUUAAAGAUGAUGAUGGAUUCAUUGAGUUAUGCUUUGAUGAUGAAAAAUGUCCCAAAGGAUGGUCAGUUAGACCUCAUCAGGAUCCUACAAGAGUUAGGCAGAUUGUUAUUGAUAAGUAUGGGAGCAUGUCUCCUCCUCGUUUUCCAGAAUGCCUCAUUACAAUCACAGCCACACCUGGUGAAGGUGCAGUUAAGGAAUUAAGUUAUCCUGUCACAUUGCAAGGAAUAAAAAAAUCUAAUUUUGAGAAAAUGAACAUUGUAUUAACAAUGGGUGACACCCAGCUGGCAUCUGCAGGCACUAUUGCUUCAAACACAGGGCCAAUUUCUCUUGAUGAUGAGGAGAGGAAAUCAGCUGGAGAAGUUCUACGAGAAAACUUUGAUACACUUUCUGACAUCCUGGCAGCUCCAAAUAAUCUUUCGGCGAUCAUCAUAAACUUAUAUGCAAAAAAGCUAAUUUCUGAUACUACUGCAACUGAGUGUAUGAAUGAUGGUAGACCAGUACAUGAUAGAUGUGCUUUAUUACUGUUUGCUCUUAAAGCUACCAUUGAUGGGAAACCUCAGGCAAUGAUAUCUUUAAUUGAAGUAUUGAAAAAUAAUGAAGCAUUUAAAGAAAUUGCUGAUAAAAUAGACUUGGAAGUAUCAUACCGCAAUUAUACAAACCCUUAGAGAUUUAGUUUCAGCUUGAUUAAUAAUGCUGUUUGUAUUUUUCAAUAGUUUUGUGGUUUUAAUUUUUUAAAUGUCUUUUUGAGUAAAAGGAAGUAAGUAUUCAUUCGGUGCAUGAUGCAAACAAG